CAUAGUGUACAUGAACUGCGAUUAUAUUUCUGUCAUGCUUAACCUAACCAAUUUUAUCUCUAUUUUCUAUUGAAAACAGUGUAUUAACCUUGCUACGGUUAUUAUAGAAUAUGGAUAUACUAAAUUCAUAUGGAUUUUUUUCUUUGGUGUAUGUAAAUUUGGUUAAUAAUAGAGGUUUGAAGGAUGUGACAAUAUAUCAGAGAUUGAUGAAAAAUGACUGUAUAUGUCGGCAGUAGUGCCUAUAUAUCAGUAAAUGUUAAAUCACUGAUCGAAGGAAGUUACUGUUUAUAUCAGUGAUUGAAGGAAGUGACAGUAUAUAUCAGUGUUUGAAGGAAGUAAAUGUUACUGUUUAUAUCAGUGAUUGAAGGCAGUGACAGUUUAUAUCAGUGACUGCAGGCAGUGACAGUUUAUAUCAGUGAUUGAAGGAAGUGACAGUAUAUAUCAGUGUUUGAAGGAAGAAAAUGUUACUGUUUAUAUCAGUGAUUGAAGGUUGUGACAGCUAGGUUAUAUUAGUGACUGAAGUAAGUUUUUGCAGGCAGUGUCAGGUUAUGUCAGUGACUGAAGGAAGAGGCCUAAAUGUGAUUGAAGGCAGUGACAGUUUAUAUCAGUGAUUGAAGGCAGUGACAGUUUAUAUCAGUAAUGACAGUAACAAUUCAUGGGGAAAGUGACAGUGACCGGUACUAUGAUCUACCAGAUCCAGAAGCGUCAUUAAAUACAGAAGAUGAAUAUUUCAGUGAAGACAGUCCGUUGCUAGGGAAAACACGGGCGACAACACCAAUCCCAUCAAUAUGUAGGUCAGGGUCAAUAUCAAUUUCUUCAUCACAUGUUGAUUCAGAAAGUUCUGGUAUAUCAAUAUGGACGUUAACACGUGUGCAGAAGAUCGUGCUUGCCACCACGGCCGCCGUGGACUUGCUAACUUUUCUCAGUGUUUCAAUUAUGGCGCCGUUUUUCCCAGAGGAAGCAUUGAAGAAAGAUGUCAGUGAUACACUAUCAGGCUGGAUUUUUGGAACUUCCCCAUUUGUACAGUUUGUUAUGUCUCCAGUCAUAGGAAAACUGAUGCCACAUACUGGUGUGAAGUUCAUGUUUCUUGCAGGAAUGUUCAUUUUCAGCGGAUGUACAAUUUUGUUUGGUAUGUUGGCCUACGUACCAUCUGACAACGGUAAUGGAGUGUUUAUAGCCCUCGCGUUUCUUUUACAAGUGGUGAGAUCAGUUGGUAUAACAGGCGCGUCAACAGCCUCGUUUGUCCUCCUUGUACAACAGUUUCCUGAUAACAUCUCCUCAGUAUUUGGAUUUGGUGAAAUAUUUGUUGGUUUAGGGUUGGUAGCCGGACCUGCAGUCGGCGGUGUACUCUAUGGUCUGGGAGGUUUUUAUUUACCUUUUGUAUCAAUUGGAGGACUGGCUAUGGUUUGCUUACCGUUCAUGGCGUUAUUUGUACCUUCAGCUGCGGAAGACUCUGCAGGCAACGCGGACAAGGAUCAACCAAGAGUACCAUUCACUAAAAUUUUCUGUUCACUAAACGGUCUUCUCACAACAUUUACGAUUGUUGCUAGUACAUUCAUGUGGUCAAUACUUGAUCCUACACUCGAACCGUACCUCAGGAAGUUUGAUCUUAGUCCCGAGCUGAUUGGAAUUAUAUUUCUUGUAAUGGCUUGUGCGUAUGCGGUGACGGCUCCCCUAUGGGGAUGGGUUUCCGACAAAGUGGAAGACGGGAGACCGCUACUGGUAGUUGGAUUUUUAUUCGCCUGCCUCGGUUCUUUGUUGAUAGGACCCUCUCCAUUAAUAGGCCUAGAUUCAGAGUACAAUCAGUUAUGGUUGGUGAUACUGGCGCUAGUGAUUCUAGGAGCCUCUGCUAGUCUGUCUUCCGUGCCGACGUUUGACAUGUUCUUCAUGUUAGCAGAAGCUGCAGGAUGUAAAACUGACACAACGACUUAUUGUAUGGUGUCUGCUUUCUGGAUGUCCAUGUACUCUCUCGGAGAUUUCCUUGGUCCGUCUGCUGGUGGAUUUUUGUUGGAUACUGUAGGCUUCAACACAAUGUGCACCUAUACUGCUGGUCUGUGUCUUUUUAUGAGUUGCUGUCUUACAUUGAACUGGCUGUGUGAUUUAAAAGCUGUACAAAAAUGCCGCAAACAAAAGGAUGAUCUGAAAGUUGAGCAUGUGUACGAAACUUUUCAAACAAAUGACUGCUAUACGUCAUCAUUGGUAGAGUAGUCAUGGGGGAAAUACAGACCUGGUGCACAUUGUCUACUAAAUUGUCCAUGUGUUCAUAGAUACUGCAUCAAACUAUCUUUCAUCAAAAGAUGUCAGCGAGUCAAAAUUUUGAUCAACAAUACAUUUCCAAGUGCAUCAUUUAAAGCGAUAGUGAGCAAAAUGCUAAAAUAAAAACUAAGAAUCAUCUGCUGUACCAUGACAUUUGUAUCUUUUCAGCAUUAUCAUAUACCAUGACAAUUAUGUGCAAUAAAAACAAACAUUCAG